CAGAAGUAUUUGGACACUUAAGCCAAUGUAUAAAAAAUUGCAUUUGUUGCAUCACAGAAACUAUGAGGCAUUUAUUACACUUUAUUACACUAAAGCAUUUGUUUUUCACACUGUAAAAAAAUUCUGUAGAAAUUACAGUAUUACUGGUAGCUGUUUGCCAGUAACUUACUGUAGAUUUAAAUGUAUGUUUGUUUAAAGUUAAAUGAACAUUAAACAUGAGCAAGUCUUUAUCUUUACAUAAUAAAACUAAAAUAACUGCCUCAUCCAAAGCAUUCUGGGAAGCAAAAUCUGAUUGGGGAAAAAACAGAAAAAGGUUGAUGAGGAUUUCUGGUUCCCAAAAUGCUUUGCAUGAGUCUGUUUUUUUUAUUCUGUAAUGACAAAGGGUUAAUGUUUAAUGAUCAAUUAACUUUGAACAAACUGUUGCCAUGAAUAACAUUAAUUUUAAACUACAGUAAGUUACAGGAAAACAGCUGCAUAACUCCAAGUUGGAAAAAAAAACUCAGGUUGUAUUUGAUGCCACUACAUUUGAUAUUUUUAAUCGAAUGCAAAGACAUUAGUGUUGCAUAUAUGUCCAAAUACCUUUAUGGACCAUAUACUGUAUGUGGCAUUGCAAUGAAAUUCAUUUGAAUUUGUUUGUGCUGUUCAUGCAUAACAUUGCAUAAUGUCCUGUAAACACACAGUUCUCUGAUUUAAUAUGUGUCUUUGAAACACUGAUGUUGUAUCACUUCAUCACAUUUGUCAUCAAGAAUGUGUUGAUUUAUCUUGUUUAAAAGGGCUUUUUACAUCAUUUUACGUGAAACAUAAUGAUCAACCCCUUCCCAUUAAAGUUCACAGAAGACUGAAAACAUGAACUCCCCCUCAUGUUACUCUAAACCUGUAUGACCUUUUCAUGCAACACAAAAUUUCAAAAACUGAACUUACGCAAUAAGUGGAGGAUGAUUUUUAAAGCUGUUAUACUGGAUGUCUUUUAAAGCCAAAUGAUAGCUUUGUGUGGUAAACACAUUGAAUUUUAUGUGCUUAUGUUCUCUUAGCCUUUGAAGAGCUCAGGCGCAAAACCCUCCGAGUGCAUCUAACAUGUUUUCUUGUACAUACGCAUUUUUUUAUCAGGCUGUAAUGCUUAGGUUCAGUAAUUUUACUUUUAUUACAAUGAAAAGUUUAUUGAAAAGUAAUUGAAAUGCCUUAUUUUCACAAAUACCACUUUAAUCAUUUCAUUGGUAUUUAACAAAUUUGUCUUUUGCUGCAAAACCCUCUAGGUACAUGAAAAAAUGUAUUCACUCUUCUCUGUCCUUUCUGAAUACAGGUAAAAGACUUAAAAAUACGAUCAAAAUCCUAAUGUAUUCAGUAAACAUCCUUUAACUGGAUAAAAACUCGCCCUCGCGUAUUUGAGCCAUCAUUUAUCCAAUGCUUCUUCCAUGCACUUAGAGGACUUUGCUGAAAAAUCAUUAUGGCGUUAUUCUGCCAACAACUGGUAUUUCUGAAUGGCCUGCGGUCGGGAUUAAGCGGAUUUGAAACAAAAGUAUUUAAUGAAUAUACAAUACGUGCUGAGAGCAUUCGGUUAUAUCAUUAUCUAAUUUUUUGGAUGGAAUUGACACUUAGCGGCUUUUGCAUCAUGCAUGUGAGCCACACCACCAAGCAACCCAAAACCUACAUUUUGUAAGACUGCUGUUUUCAGGAAAACCGACUCAUUGCUCUGAUCGUCAUUGUAUCAUUGAUAGUUCACACCUACUUUUACGAUUAUAAAUAACAGCCCAGAUAACUUAGUGUACAUUGAUAUACUUUAGCAGUGGACACAUGAUCCUGACCGCUAGUAUUUCUUGUAUGUUUGAAGAGCUAAAAUUAAUACAACUGUCUAAGGAACACUAGCUUUGGAAACAAGAAGAUUUUUAUGACAAUGGCGGUUCAGCUUAUCGGUUACAUUCUGUCCAUCUGUGGAUUAUUUAUGUUAAUUGUAGCUACGUUUACAAAUGAAUGGAAAGUUUUUGAGCACGACAAAGAUAAUGUCACGUUUAUGGACAUCAUUGAAGGCCUGUGGAUGAAGUGCAGUAUGGACAGCUCGUCUCAGGUCAAGUGCAUAAGUUACAGUUCGUUCCUACAUCAGUCAGUUGAAAUCCGGGUGGGAAGAGCAAUGAUGAUCCUCAGCAUUGCACUCUCCGGCAUUGGUGUGUUUGUUGGUCUCGCUGGACUCAGUUGCACAAAAUGUCUGGAUGGAGAGGAUCGGUUGAAGGACAAAGUCGCUGUCACGGGGGGAUGUCUUUUCAUCCUUAGUGGUUUGUGUGCUUUGUCAACAACCAGCUGGUUCAUUUAUGAAAUUGUUGCUGAUUUUCAGAAGGAAAAGCAGGAGAACAGGAAAGAUAUCGGCAGAUCUCUGUUUGCUGGAUUCAUUGCAGCUUUCCUUUGUGUAUUCGGAGGCGUGCUGUUGUGCAUCUGCAGCAAAACACACCUGCGAUCCAGUGCUAAUGUUAGUAAGCCUCCAAAAUUCAAGAAUCCUGAUAAAGACUACGUUUAAGGACUUAAGACCAACAACAAAAACAGAAUAUAGACAAUAAUUGGAUUGCACAUGUCAAUUUAUAUUGAAUUAAAAUAUUAUAUUGAAUUAUUAUUAUUAUAAAGAAUCUUUGAAAUCCACAGAACCUGCUGCACAGAAUCACUGAAAGUGAAAAUUUUUUUAGAGACGCAAAAAUGGUUCUUUAUAUGGCAUGGUUUCAAAGAACCCUUUUUAGCACCUUUACUUAAGCUUUGGUGAAUAUUCUGUGUCAUUGUGAAAAGAAGGCAGCUGUUCUACAUAUAGCUCUUUAAAUGAACAAAUAAUAAUUUCAAUAUCUUAAAUAUUUUAAAGUGAAAAUAAAAACAAAUUCUUUGUUGGAAAUAUGAAGGUUUGCUAUUAUGUGAGGUAAUUAUUAUGGUCCAAUUACAUUCUUAAAGAUUUCACUACUUCACAUUAGUAUUAUUCAUUAGGCUACAUUUUUUUUAUUAGGAAAUACAUUUGAUUUCCUUCAAACUGUGACUGGGAAAGUAUUUGUUGGUUCAGCAUGGGGAGGUGGGUUGCCUUGAGUUUUUUGGGGUCUGGCUUAAAGUAGAUUUAAUUUUUAUGUACUUUUCUUUGUUUCUAUUCAAUGCAUGUAAACUAAAGUUGCUUUGUAACAAAUAAAUUUGAAUGGA